GCGAGUUGUCAAAAAUGCUCUCAACAUUCGUGUUUGUUGAGAGCUUAAGACUUAAUGUUGUUUUAUAGUUUGUGUCGGCGGCACGUAGAAGCCGAAAUGCUGUAAUUAUUUAUGACUUUUAUUUGACAUUUGCAGACUUUAUAGCUGGAAAUUUUUAUUUGUUGUGAAUUUUUUAUGAUAUUAUUUGGAAAGUUGGGUGUUGGAUUGGAUCUUAUAGAUACACAGCAGCAAGUUGCUUUAAGAAUUUGGAAUUUAAAAAUUAAUCCACAAAAUGUCGACAGAAAUCAAACCAUCGUCUGAGAGAAGAUGUACGAAUGUACCUGCUUUGGUCGUUGCGAUUGUCUUUAUUGGUAUUACGCUCAUUUUAGUAACAUACUGCGGAGUAGCUGCAUUACUUCGAACUAAAUCAAUCAAAGAUUAUGAUAUUGGCAACUCCACCGAUCCAAAAGUACUUAAAGAUGGCUGUGGAAAUAUUUGCGGUGAAAACAAUCCAACUUCUAAUUACUCAAUAUGCGGCGACAAUGACAAACGGGGUGAAACGAAGCUACUUAUGAACACAUUCGAUGAAGAUGACAAUUACUUAAAAGACAAAAACUACACAAAAAGCUACGAAGAGCUUAAUCAAUGUGUGUCAGUAUGUCCAGAAAGUUAUGAGGAAAUCUCCAACAGAUGUUUUAUUUCAAUCAGUAUAAAUGCGCAGGAAAUGUUACAAACCCUUCAGAAUACUUGGUACUAUGUCCUCGCAAUCUGCUUUGUUGCUUUCAUCUUUUCGUAUGUGUUCCUUAUUCUCUUCCGUUAUGCUGCAAAAUAUGUCAUUUGGGUCAUUAAUAUUGGAUUUGUAGUCUUGGUGCUCUUAAUUGUCCUGUUAGCUGCAUUAGCUGGAAGUAUUGAAGGUGUUGUCAUAUUUGGAAUAAUUGCAGCUCUUAUGAUAUUUUUCUUGGUCUACUUCAGAAAGAGAAUUGCUUUGGUUGCUAAACUGUUUAAGGAAGCUUCAAAAGCUUUGAUUGAUGUGACUGCUCUCAUGUUUGAACCUAUUUUGACAUUCAUCGCGCUAAUCAUCUCCUUCUUGAUCUUCGCAACAUUUUUUGUAAUAAUUUCAUUUGCUGGUGAUGACGACCCCAUGCAGACCCCAGCUCAUUUCUUCAACUUCGUCUCCUUCAUCUUCAUCACUCAAUUCAUCAUCGGAUGUCAGAACUUUAUCAUUGCCGGAACUAUUGUCAGGUGGUACUUCACCAGAGACAAGACGAAGCUCCGUAAACCAAUCAGGAAGUCAUUUUCACAUUUAUUCAAGUUCCAUCUUGGAAGUGUCUGUCUUGGUGCCAUUUUGAUUACACUAGUGAAGCUUGCUAGGUAUUUGACCAAUUAUAUUAAGAACACAGCAAACAAUAACAAAAACGCAGUGGUUGCGUUGAUUGCUGUAUGCUUCAUGUGCCUUAUUGAUCUACUUGAACAAUUCUUGGCAUAUCUCGUUCGUAAUGCAUACAUUAUAAUUGCUAAAGAAGGAACACCAUUAAUUGAUUCUGGAAAACGGUCAUGCAGACUGCUCAUGGACAAUAUCAAUGACGUCAUUGCAUUGAAUCACUUUGGGGAUCUUGUGCUGUUUGUUUGCAGAUUAUUGAUUGUUUUAAUCGCUGGAUGUGUUGGAUAUACUGUGCUUAGUGAGAACAUGCCCAAUUCGGAUUACAUCGCACUUCCGUUGAUCCUUGGAUGCAUCCUAGCCUUCCUUAUUGCUCACUGCUUCGUCAUGGUCUUUGAAAUGACAGUUGAUACAAUUUUUGUCUCAUUCUGCAUUGACAUUGAGGAGAACGAUGGAGACACAAAGCCAUUCUACAUGUCAGAGAGCCUUAAAAGAGUUAUUAUGGAUAUGAAGGAUUAUUCAGGCAAUGUUUUGGUAUUUGGACCGAAACCAAUUCCAGGAUUUGAAGGUGGUGCUGCUGAUGGAAGUGGAAUUCCAAUGAUGCCACCACAACAACCAAUGUAUCCAAAUAUUGGAUAUGAUGAUCCAAAAGGUCCACCACAAUAUCCUCCACAGCAAUACCCUUCCUUUCCUCAGCAGCCUUAUUCUCAACAGCCCCCUUACCCACAACAACCAUUGAUGCCUCCUCAAGGAUAUCCUGCAAAUCCAUAUCAACCCACGACAUAUCCUCAAAAGAGUUGAAUGUUUUAACUAAAGUAUUAAUAAAUAUUGUUUUGUAAACUUAGCACCAUCAUUGCCUUGAUUGAUAUCUAAUCAAAUAUUUGUAGAUCUUUUGCUAGUUUUAUAAAAAUGUUUUAAAUAAAUAUGUUCCCUAACCUCAAA